AUGGGAGGUGUAGCAGUUCUUCACCCACAAGACUUGUUCAACCAUAAUCAUCGUAGCCACCAGUUCAUUUCUCCGGCUAUGAAAUCUCACUCUACCCGCCGGAAUCUUCAUCCGGCUCCUAGUAGAUCUUGCAAUCGCCGGAAGAGAAGUCCUCAGAAAAGUACCGCCUUGCCUUCGAAGCGAAGUAAUCACCCCCGUAACUCCUCCCCUUCCUCCAAGCCCACCGGUAACGGUCCCGUGAUUGUGGGUCCCCUUAAGAUUCUGAAGCGGGGCGAAGCGCUGCCCGUCUCCACGACGCCGCCAUCCUUAGAUCUGACUCCUCUGCAGCAGCAGCCGCCGCCGUCACCGCCAGUUCAGAAAGCUCCUGCAAAUAGUACUACUAAGAAAAAGAAGAUUGGCGCCGGAGUUCCUCGCGAGUUAGCCGUCUUGAGUGCCCCCGAGCCUGAAUUGAAGCAGAUCCAGCGGAUCUCGGAUUGUUACGCCGGAUCCGCGUUUAUAUCUUCGCCGCCGCCUAGUUCUCUCCCCGUCCCGGCCUUCUUCAGGAAGAAAAAUCUCGUCUUGACGGACGAUGACAACACCGCCACUAACAGUAAUAGCGAUGAUGACGCUACAAGCGAUUUGCUGAGGCUUCUUAGGCUUGAUCUGUCAUGA